AACACGCGAAAAAGCAUUGGCCGUUAUCUGGUCUCAUGAAGCAAAAAGUAUCGAAAUGUUGAUGAUUUUUUUGAAGACCUCGAUAGAUUAUGCGGCUUACAGUAGUAUCAUUGGAAUUCUUCAUGAAUGUGUGUCUCCUCGAUUACUGAAAUCUAAAGCUGAAGAUGGUAAAAGGAAUACAUUAAAGGCAUUGAGCAGAGCCACUAUUAGUCGACUAAUUAACAGUCGAGGAACUGAAGUAUUGAUCAAAAGUCUGGUGGAUUUCAAUCCAUCUGAAAAGUUGUCGAAGACUCUGCUAAAAGACGUGCUGUGCAUUUUGGGGCAAAUUGCUAAAAACGAUCAGAAAUUUGUUAUUGAGGUUACAUCGCUCAAUGCUGUUACAAUGUUCCAUGCAUUGCUCAGGAUCCACUAUAAAAACCCUCGGAUGAUGCUGCCGUUUGUUUUUAUCUUCAGAAGUUUUUCGAAAAACAGUAAUUAUAUGCAUUAAUUUUACUGCAUUCAAUAUGUAAUUUCGUUUUUCUUAAUUACGCUGGUUUCCGUUC